AUGAAAAGACUCCGAGUCUCGUUGUAUCAGGCGAUCAAGAAACAAUUUGACACGCGAAGAAAUGGAGCACAGUUGCAAAGGAACCAUAAGUACGAGCGUUCCAUCCGGGAACGCAUGCCCAAUUUGGCAUUCCAACAAGUCGGGAACACAAACAAAGGCGAAUAUGACGCUUUCGAAGAGUUGGUAGUCGCUCGUGUUAUUCAACAAAUACGUGAGGGUGUCAACGGUGGUAUUGAUGGGCAAGAUGGAGUCUCGUUCAUUCAGCAAUACUAUCUGAAUAAAGGACUAAGGAUAUUCAAGGAGCGAGGUAAAGACGCGGCCGUGAAAGAACAUGACCAACUGAUCAAGCGCAGUUGCUGGACACCGAUCAGUACUGAGAAACUAAGACCGACCGAAAGAAAGAAGGCCGUGGAUGCAAUGAUGCUACUGGCCGAAAAGAAUGAUGGCGUGACAACCAAAGGACGCUGUGUAUUCAAAGGUAACAAGACCCGGGAUUGGUUGUCUCGUGAGGACACUGCAAGUCCCACAGCUUUGCAUGAAGCUAUUAUCUGCACGGGUGUAAUUGAUGCCCAUGAAGGUAGAAACGUCAUGUCAAUGGAUAUACCUAAAGCGUUUAUCCAAACAUUGAUGCCCGAGCAGGAAGAAGGAGAAGAUCGAGUAAUAAUGAAAAUUACUGGACUGCUGGUUGACUACAUGAUUGACCUAGAUCCGACGUAUCGGGAUUUUGUAGCAAUCGAAAAUGGACGUCGAGUGAUCUAUGUUGUGAUCCUCCGUGCUACUUAUGGGAUGUUACAGGCUUCGUUGCUAUGGUACCGAAAUCUGAGGGCAUCGCUGGAAGAAUACGGAUUUGUGUUUAAUGUAUACGAUCCGUGCAUUGCGAAUAUGAUGGUCAACAAAAAGCAAUUGACUAUCAGGUUUCAUGUGGAUGAUGUGCUAGCAAGCCACAUGGAACAAAGAGUUCUCGAGGAUUUCUUUACAUGGAUAAAUGAGAGAUACGGAGGAGUCUUUUCAAAAGGAAUGAGCUGCAUCUGA